AUGGGUCUUUCUACUGAACGUAUUGAAACUUAUGGUACUACACCAGUGAAACAUGUAACGUGUUCUAUCUGUAAAGAUAUUCUUUGGAAACCACAAACAUGUAAUACCUGUAAAAAUGCGUUUUGCAAAGAAUGUCUCGACUAUUGGUUCAAUAGACAUCAUAAUACAUGCCCAAUGAUGCAUCAUUACAAAAACGACCGUGUACCCCCGUUACUCAACGACAUGUUGUCCGAAUUAAGAAUUUUCUGUUACAAUAAAACUAACGGUUGCACAGACGUUCUGUCCUACGAUGCACUGGAACAACAUGAACUUAAGGGAUGUAAUUAUCAGAAAGUAAAUUGCCAUGGUUGUAAGAUUCCAAUGUUAAAGAAAGAUUUAGAUCAACAUGAGUCAGAAUGUGACCAAAUUGAAAUUAAUUGUGAUCUGUGCGAAACGAAGUAUCGACGAAAAGAUGUACACGAAGAAGCACAAUGUUUGCAGAAUGCAGUUGUACUACACGAUAAAAUUAUGAAACAAUCGCAGCAAAACGGUCUAGCCACUACCACAGCUGCAAACAGUGAAUUACCGUUAGGUAAAAGUCGAAAAAUUAUCCAGUUUUUUGACGAUAUCCCUAUCAAUGGUGCUGCUGUUAUACCUGAAGGAGAAGCUUCCGACGGCUACUACUCAUUGAAAUGGAGUCAUCUCACAUUAGUUUCUCGAGCGCAGGCAGAAAGCUGGGAUCAAGAGAAUCCGAGUUAUCAUUAUCAAAAUGCUUUCCUCGACGGUAGUGCAGUUGGACAAGCGUUUAUAGCACAGAAUACUAGUACCUGGGAACCAAUGUCAAUUACGAUGAAUAACAACAGUCGUACAUUUACAGUUGAAUCAUUUACAGCUUGUACACCACGAACCAGCGACUUGCAAGUAAAAAUACGUGGAUGGAGAAAUGGUGAGAAGAAGUAUAAGAUGACGGUGAUACUGACACCCAGUUUAGCACAAGUUCCAUUGGAAAUGGAAGAUAUCGAUAAAAUUACAUUUGAUAUAAUGAGUUUCAGUUCAAAAAAGUGUUUUGCCAUGAGUGAAAUUAUUAUCAUAGCGUAA